CGAAGCUCCUCCGUUUUCUUUGUUUCAGCCUCCUGAAGCUGAAGGGUCUGCCUCUGAGUUGGAGCCAGCGGACCCUGAUUUCUACAAGAUAGGGUAUGUUAGAAGUAUGAGAGCUUAUGGAAUUGAAUUUAAAGAAGGGCCAGAUGGGUUUGGAGUUUAUGCUUCCAAGGAUGUUGAACCACUUCGCCGGGCUAGAGUAAUAAUGGAAAUUCCACUAGAACUGAUGUUAACUGUAAGCCAAAAGCUCCCAUGGAUGUUUUUUCCAGAUAUAGUACCAGUGGGUCAUCCAAUAUUUGAUAUCAUUAACUCAACUGAUCCAGAGACAGAUUGGGAUCUGAGGUUAGCAUGCCUUCUUUUGUACGCAUUUGAUCGGGAAGAUAACUUUUGGCAGUUGUAUGGUGAUUUUUUACCCAGUGCAGAUGAGUGCCCCAGCUUGCUUCUAGCUAGUGAGGAGGAGCUUUCAGAACUGCAGAAUCCCAAUCUUGCUUCAACUAUGAGAGAACAGCAAUGUCGAGCCUUGGAAUUUUGGGAAAAAACUUGGCACUCUGGUGUACCACUAAAAAUUAAACGUCUUGCUCGUGAUCCUGAGAGAUUCAUUUGGGCCUUGAGUAUGGCACAAUCACGAUGCAUUGGCAUGCAAAUGAGAAUUGGUGCACUUGUUCAAGAUGCAAACAUGCUAAUUCCAUAUGCAGAUAUGCUAAACCAUUCCUUCGAGCCAAAUUGUUUUUUCCAUUGGCGUUUUAAGGAUCGCAUGCUUGAAGUGAUGAUAAAUGCUGGAAAACGGAUUAAGAAAGGUGACGAGAUGACUGUCAAUUACAUGAGUGGACAACAGAAUGACCUGUUGAUGCAAAGAUAUGGUUUCUCUUCACCUGUGAAUCCUUGGGAUGUGAUUCAGUUCUCCGGAAAUGCACGUAUUCAUUUGGAUUCCUUCUUGUCAGUAUUCAAUAUAUCUGGACUUCCUGAAGAGUACUAUCAUAACACAGGUCGCCUAUCUAUUGUAAUUUAGUAAAUAAUACUAGGACAAAUCUAUCUUACAUGACAACCUAUUUUAAUUUUGGGUUUUAAGUAAAGAUUUAAAAAUAGGUGGGUAUGCAAAGGACCC